UCAAAGCACUUGGCGAGAUUUUUGAGAUGAGAAAUAGUUCAGCAAUCUUAAUUAGAUUCUUAAAUAUUUGAACGUUUGUCUCUCCUUCUCGCAGUAAAUGCCGGGCAUUCCGAAAGGCUUAAUUUCUCUGUUCGUCUUCUCCGUGAUUAUAAGCGUCGAAGUUGCCACCGUCUCCAUUCCCCGGCUGUACCAGCUAAACAGCUCAAGCCACCGAAUUCACACACAAUGGAGGUCGACCCAAUUAAUGAUUUGGAAUUGACAACUGCAAGUAACUCUGUUAAUAUUGUCAUUGUUGGGAAGGCUGGUAAUGGUAAGAGUGCAACUGGCAAUAGCAUUCUCGGAAGGGAAGCCUUCUUUUCUAAUCUUAGCCCUUCGGGAGUAAUUGAACUACAAAGAACUAUUUUGAAUGAUGGUCGUAUUCUCAAUGUUAUAGACACUCCAGGGCUGUUUGAUUUUUCUACUGAUUUUGAGGUAAUAAGUGGGGAGAUAAUCAAAUGCAUUGAAUUAGCCAAGGAUGGUAUUCAUGCAAUACUCAUGGUAUUCUCAAUUGGAUCUCGCUUUACAAGAGAAGAGGAGGCUGCCUUUGAGAGUAUAAAAUCACUUUUUGGUGAUAAGAUUACUAACUAUAUGAUUAUAGUUUUCACUGGUGGGGAUAUCUUGGAAUCUAAAAAGAAAAGCUUGAAGGAUUACAUGAGCCUUUUUCCAGAAACUUUGAGGAACAUAAUUCAACAAUGCAACAAUAGAGUAAUCGUUUUUGAUAAUACCACCAGCAAUAUGAUCAAGAGAGAUGGACAAGUAAAUGAGUUGCUCUCUCUUGUUGAAUCUGCCAUUGUGGACAAUGGUGGAAAACCAUACUCAGACAAGAUUUUUACAAAACUGAAGGAAGGAGCUUUUCUUCGGCACGAAAAUGUUAAAGAAGUUAAAACUAAUGAAGGAUGCUCUAAAGACGAGUUAUCUGAACUUAUGAAAGAGAACAUUAGAUCAUAUAAUGAUCAAUUGAAGCAUGUAAUUGAGAUGAUCAUAGUUGCACCAGUCUUAACUCAACUAUGA